CUACGAAGCAGCUUCUGCCUGUGUGAGGAUGCAUUUUAUGUUACUUGAGGACACCGUGUGUAGUACAUCACAGGUAUGUUAUUUACUCAGUUGGGAAUGCAUCGGACGUUCGGACGUGAAAUACCCAUGAAUCUAGCCGGAUCGCUUCUCUACCACAGGCUGUCGCUCGGCAUAGCUAGGCCAGCAGGGGCACGCACAAGUCGGCGGACAUCUCUCAGCAGAAGCACACGAGUUGGCCGAACAGGCCUAGCGUUAGUUCAUUUAGGCAUACAACUUCCGCUAGCGGAAUAUAAAUUUUGGAACUGUAUUGCUCAUCAGCAGGCGCAGCCUUCUGGUAUUGCUUGGGAAUUCCACUGAAGUCCUCUGUAUUAUUUUUCAACAUCUCACAUGUCUAUAAAGACUACUAACAGCCUAACUACUGCCUCAACUUGGAUGUUGAUAUGGAAAAGCCAGUACUUUCCUUAAGUUCUUACAUCUUGGUGUGUUUGUAGAAGACACAAGCCCUCCUUGGGGUGGUAUAGAUAGAGAGAGAGAAAAGGAGGAGAGGUAGGUGGAUAUUAUAGAUGACUGAGUUUUCCUGCCAUUCUUGGAAAUGCAUGGGCACAAGAGAUUGAAGGAGGACUUGGAGUCUGUUGUGGGAAAGGAGGAGUUGAAUGAAUCCUCAGAAGGAAAAGAGGAUGCUAUUGCUACAACUUUUCAACCGGCCACCAGGCGUGAAAUCUUGCAAUGCAUCAUGGAAAGUUACAAAUUCCAGGUUGCUGUGAUAACUCUUGUCAUUUUUGACUCCCUCUUGGUGAUAUCAGAGCUCCUAAUUGACCUAGAGAUCAUAGUGAUCCUCAAGUCUGACUCUUUUCUUGUGCCUGACAUCAUCCACUACACCAGUCUCACCAUCCUCUCUCUCUUCCUUGUGGAGAUUGCACUAAAGAUGUAUGUCUAUCAACUGGCAUUUUUCACCCUCAAGUUGGAGGUUUUUGAUGCUAUAGUGGUGAUAGUGUCAUACAUCCUUGACAUCAUCUUUCGUCAUCAACAUGAUUCCACUGAUGGCAUUGGUCUUCUAAUCAUGCUAAGGCUCUGGCGUGUUGCUAGAGUGCUCAAUGGUAUUGUAUUAUCUGUGAAGAAAGAAUCAGAGCACCGGUUUGUCAAGGAGCGAGAGCAUCGUCGGGCUAUUGAGGAGGAGCUAAGAAAGUACCGGGAAGUGUGUGCAGCCCAGGAAGGGGAGAUAGAGGCAUUAAGGCAAUGUUUGGAGAAGCACAACAUCCCAGGAAUAGAAGUCCCUUGCUCAAGGAAGAAGAAUGGCAUGAUGAUGGAUGUUGUGGCUGAGGUGAAUCAAAGCAAUGAGACUCAAAAGAGAUGGGGUGGUAAUAGGGAAGGACUUGGGGGAAGUAAGGAGAAAUCUGGCCAUCCCCUAGAUGGGAUGGCCCACGAGAUUCAACUUCAGCUGGAUAUCCCACAGGUUUUGCCUCACUCUGAUCUUCCUGUCUUGGCAUUAGCAACUGUCAUUGAUCCCUACACAGACUUUCAGGAGACAGGAAAUGUAAGGAAGAUGGAAGGUUUCUUCUUGAGUGGAGGCCAAGAUGAACCCAAUAUGGGACAAAGCAAAAAUGUGAAAAAUACAGGCCCACCAAUGAAUGGACAGCCCGAUGUUAUAGCGGCAGCCGUGAGAACGCACCAGGACACCCCAGGAAGUGCAAACACUUCUAUGGGAAGGCCCAAGCCACAAAGACGCCAGUCACUGCCAGAAAAUGAGGUCAUUGUUUACCCAGAGCUCCACCUGUAUCCAUCUGACAGAAUUCUGGUGACAAGUGAACGUAGGUCUUAUGUGGGGAAGCAGCAACGAUUUGGACAAACAUUUCGCCGUCCCCGUCGCCAUCAAGUAUCAAGUUCUUCCUUAUCCAGCGUGGAUGUUUUAGAACUGCCCCAAACCAAUGGAAGCCUAUCUGAAAGUUUUGAGACUCAAUCUGAUAUAAGUGGAUAUGAGGAAGAAAUUGCUCAAAUCAAACAUCUGGCUGAUGAGCUAAACAUCCCUCUGUCUCCUGCUUCAAUCUCUGGGCCAGAGGAGGAGAUCCGGCAUCUUACGAAGCAGUUGCAAUUGAUUAAGGAUGAAAGAGACCGCCUCCAGAAGGAAUUGACCCAGACAGGUAAUUCUCCAGAGUUCCUCAAGGCACUGAAGGACAAAGCUGCUGUAGAAGGACGGUUAGAGGUCAUCAUGCGGGAGUUGGAUUCAGUAUCUUCAGAACGGGCAAACCUUCAUGCACGCCUAUUGGACACAAAAUGGGAGCUUGAAUCUGCUCAAGGGUCUUUAGCAAAGAUCAAGUUGGGUAGAGGAGAAGAGCAAAAGGAAUUGAAUGCAUCAUUCAUGCGUGAACGGGAGGCAAGGGAAAAAUUAGCAGCAAUCCAAUCAGCAUUAGACUCAAAGGAGGCAGAACUGGAGCACUGGCAUCUUCAGUAUUAUGAGAAGGAGAAGCAGAUUGAGGAGAUGGCAACAGCUAAUCGUGCCUUGCGAGAUGAGCGUGAUGCCAAAGAAGCAACAAUUAGGAAUCUGAAGGAAAAGCUGAUGCAGAUGCGCUGUCAGUGGCAGUCAGCUGUCCAGGAGCAGUCUGAUGUAAAAAAUGAUCUCAAGCGUCUCAGGUCAGAGUUGGAGUCAUCAGAGAAGACGCAAGCAUGGUAUGCAGAGAAGCUGGAAGAGUUGCAGGGCAAUCGAUCACGAGUGCAGUAUGAGGCACUCCGGCAACAGUCGUGUGCCCUGGCUCAUGCCACUGAGGUUGAACAAAUGCGGUCUCAGUUAAAGCGACUGGAGUUGGAGCUUCAGGAGACCAAGGAGAGGGGGAUUCAAGAGAAAGAAGCGGUGAUGCGGGAGCUGGAGGAGAUCCAGGCAGAAAUGUGUGAGCGCGAGCACCUACUUGAGAUCCUCACCAAUCGUAGCUCUGUUGAUGAUGAAGUCAAGAAUCGCCUCAGGCAGCUGGAGGAGGAACGGGUGCACAAGUCCAUCCUUGAUCAAAAGGUGAGAGAGUUAGAGGGAUCAUUAAAAUUGAUCCAAAAGACUGUGGCAGUCCGGGAGGAGCAGCUUUUAUCAUCUGAAUCAACAAAGACUGCCCAGGCCCAGCGCAUCUGUGACUUGGAAGAGGAGACUUCUGUUCAGCUCCUCAACCUGGACACAAUGAGAAAAGAAAUGGAGAAGGUGAGGCUAGAGAAUCGACAGAAUGCAGAGCUUGCUUCAUCUCGAAACCUUGCACUUCAGGAUGCCCUUGCAGCACAAUCAAAACUUGAGCUUGCUCUGAUGGAGUCCCAGCAAGAAUAUCAGGACCUUGAGAUUUCAUUAAAGAUCACAAAAGAACAACUGUCAAGCAAGGAUACCCUCAUAAGAGACUUAGAGAGUCAACUGGCCUUGAGAGUAGCAAAUAUUGCAGAAUUGGAGCAUGCAAAUGAACAAGGAAAGGAUGAUCUUCGUUGCUGUAAAGGACGACAACAUGAAUUGCAGGAUCUGAUGCGGUUGCUGGAGCAGCGCAUACAUGACCGAGAUGUUACCAUUAAACAAUUGAGAACAGAGCUUUCCAACAUAGAAGAUGAACUUAGGCAUGCUCAUGAGCAAUUGGAGGCCCUCAAUGAGGUCAAGGCUAAGUCAGUCCUUGAUCAGGAAAAGUUGAAGGAUCAGGAUCGUGCCAUUGAGCGACUGUCCACCGAGUUGCAGGCUGUAAAGAAAAGCCCAGGAAUGGCACAGGUGAAGACCCGCUAUGAUGAUGACAUUGCAGCACUCAAGACAUCUCAUGACCUCCUCAAGGCCAAAUACAAGAUCUUACGUGAACGCAUGAGCUCUGCUUCCCCAACAGUGCAUUCUGCACCAGCAUCACCCAUCCCACCAGUGAUGUGUGUGGUUGGUGUGCAAACAGAGGUGAGGGAUGAAACCUACCUCCGAUAUGAGACCCAUGUUCGCUUCCUGGUGCGGAAGAUUGGGGAACACCUGCGUGCAAGGAAGAGAGCUGAACAGGAGUUGAAGGAAGAGAGGCUUAAGAUGGAUGAAGAACGAAGGGCCAUUCUUGAUGAUUUCAAGCUUGAUGACAAACAGUUAGCUCUUGAGGUGGAGACCCUCAGGGCCAAGCUCAGAGCCAUGGAAGAGAGCCAGGAGAAUGCCAAGGUCCAUGCCCAGAACCUAGAGGCUCAAGUUGAAAAACUGAGCAAGAGAAAUUCUGAUGCUUUGGAGAGGCAGGAUUGUGAUGCAACUGACCAAUCUGAAAGUGUUAUAAAAGAGCUCCAUGCUGCCCUCACCAAGGAGCAAGAGGCUUCAAGGGCCCUGAAGAGACAGGUGUUUGUGGAGAAACGGGAAAUCUCUCGCCUGAGGACAGAAAUUGGAUCAUUAAAACUGGGCUUAGAGACAGCCAACAAACAACUGGAUGUGCAGGCCAAGCAGCUGCAACAGCAAGAACUUCAGUUAAAGGAUGCAGAGGAUAAGAAAUCCUGGGCUGAGCUGGAAUUGGAACGGGAGAAGGGGAUUGAACAGGAACUGCAAAGGGAACUUGAGUCACAUAAACACCAGCUUCAGCAGGCCUUGCUCAAGGAUCCUCUCCUUGCUGACCAGAUCAGGACGCUGAGCCACACUGCACAUGAGCGAGCACAGGAAUUGGCAGCAUUGAAGGAAAGCUGGAAGCUUGUUGAGGAGAGGCAUCAAGAGGAGAAGGCUGCCUUGGAGAAGAUAGUGUUGGAGCUCCGCUCUGCCAAGCAGACCAUGGAUGCAGAACGACUGGAAUUUAUGACUGACAAUUCCACUCUCUCACAACAGAUCCAGGAACUCCAGAAUGCCCUUGCCUGUGCUCUUCGCCAAAAUCAGGAGUAUGAGGGAGUGCUGGGGAGUUUACCAGAACCACGUCCAAUGGAUGAGGAGUCAAUCCAGGCAGUGCUAGAUCGAGUAAAAGGGCUGAAAAGAGGCGGAGGGGGAUCAAAACCCCUUCAGCAGCUCCAAGCCUGCCUUCUCCACCUGCGUCAGGAACGAGAUGCCUUACUGCAGCACACUCACCUAUGAGAUCCCUUUACCCCUCGUUUGCCAAUGUUUUCAGCUUCAUCUUUUGCACUUCUAAGUUGGUUUUCUUUUUGGUUCUUCAGAAUCUGUCUGAUCACCUUUUCCUGAUUCACAUUCCCGGUCUGCAUGUUACCAAUUUAUGUUAAGACAUAUUUUAUUGUUUCUUGAUUCCUACUUUUUAUGAUAGUCAUUCAUGUAAGGGAAUGGUUUACCUUUGAAAUUCAGUCCUGCUUGGAAUCCUUUCAUUAUUUUGAAUGUUUUCUAGGAUUAUCAAGGUUGAAAAAUGCCAUCCACAAAUGGCAUAUAUCCCUAGUCCUGCAGUUGUGAUUGAUGUGAAGAAUAUUUUGAAUUAUUCCAUAAGUGCAUGCACAGAAGCUCACCUUGCACAUUGUGGCUGGUUUUGGUAUAUGCUUCUUGGCUCAAUGGUUUUUCUUGAAUGUUUGUAGCCAAGAAUCAUUGCACAUCUCACUCUUUCUCCAUCUACACUACAUUAAAAGUGACCUUAGUUAAUGUAGGUUCCUCAGCUAAGGGAGUAAAAACUAGUACAAAUGCAACCACAUCUGUUGAUCGGUAUUAGAUGAAGGACCCAUGGAUCCCAUUUUUUGACAUUGGUGGAACUUCCAGUACUGAAACUUGCUGGUAGUAUAGAAGCAAGAUUGUUUUAAGUCCACCACAGCACUCAAUGUUAAGCAUGGAAAUGGUUGAAUGAAAAAUGGGGCUCAGGAAAACUAAUGGCAAACAGCAGUUUACAUUUUCAAAGAUAUCUUGUAAAUUUUAAGUUACAUCAUAUUCAAAUGCAUUGUAGAAGAGCCCUAAAUGCAUUUCUUCCAUUGAGGUCUGUCAGUCUCUGCAUUACCUAACAAAGAAAAUGUACAAGGGUUUAUCAGAAAGUAAGGUUACAAGUAGCAACUGGCCGCAGCAAUUAUUGUAACUUUACUUCCUGAUCAGCCCAUGUGUAUAUGAUUAAAUUAUUGCCUUGUCAUCAGUAAGAAGCAGGGCUUCCAGAGGUUUCCAGGAACCUGGGGCAAAACUAAACCAGAGACCCUUGGCCUUGAGGCCCUUUGGGACCCUCCUUUGGGACCCCUUGAUAUGCAGGACCUGGGGCAGAUUGCCCCCUUUUGCCCCACCCCUCUGGGCGGCCCUGGUAAGAAGAGAACUGAUGCUAGAUCAUGCAUCGCUUUAAAGUCCAUGUCUGCCACCAUGUUGAAGGAUAGAGAAUCAGUGAAGUUUCUCUUGAGCAGAGAAACUGCACCAAUAAAAGUGCAAAUGGAGGUCCAUUGGUGGUAGAUUGGUGAAUUGCUGAGGUCAUGCCCAGAGGCAUGAUCUUGACUUUUGCCAUAUUCUACUUGAGUGGAGAUGGGGAUUAUGUAAAAUCUAUGCACUUUUUUCUCAUUUAUUGCAUCAAUAUGCCAAAAUGUCAAAAUCCUGAUUUCCUGGUGCAAGGUUGAAAACCAAAGGGUGCAAAAUUCAUCAUCCUGUGCCAAGUCAGAACCUUUUACUGCUCACUCUUUUGGGGGCCCAGUGGUGUUUGUGAUCCUGAAAUAAAAUUAUUUUAUCUUGA